AUGACGGAGCGAGCGUCCUCUAACGCGACCUCCAUAACCCUCUCGUCUCUCAACUACGUCCCUCCCUCGGCAGUCGCGCAACUCCUCCUCGAACCUGCCGAAAAGGCCAAGAUUGCCAUAAUAGACGUCCGUGACUCAGAUCACAUCGGCGGCAAUAUAAACGGCAGCCAAUGGGUGCCGCUAAAUCAACUUGACGUGAAAAUGCCCGAACUGCUCCGGACGCUCAAGGACAAGGAGAAGGUGAUUUUCCAUUGCAUGUUGAGUCAACAGAGGGGGCCGAAGGCUGCGUUGGCAUACGCAAGGGCGAAGCAAGCGGCUCAGCAGAAGGAAGCGAACGAGGCUGCCGAUGCCGAAGCUGCAGCUGCAGCGGAGGAAGCGAAAGAGCAUGGCACGGGAGAGACGAAGCAAUUGCUGAAGCAGGAGGUUUGUGUGCUUGAUGGAGGCUUUGGCGCAUGGCAAGCGACCUUUGGUGAGGACCCGAGACUGACGGCCGACUACCAGCCUGAUAUAUGGCUGUGA